AUGUUCAAGUGCAUAAUUCUCAUUAACAUAAUUCUUGCCUGCUUCGAAUUAGCUGCGACGACCAGUCAUGAUAUAGAGACAGAACGAAAAGCAUUUCUUAAGCCUGCAAAUAAGAUUGCUCUUCCAUUAAAGCGGGAACAUUCCGAAAAAAUUUCGCAGGGAAUUCCACAAGACACACGUCCUCUCCAGCCUAAUGCAGAUCCAACUGCAAAUCCCCAAGAGGGUAGAGGUUAUGGUGGUUAUGGAGGUUAUGGUGGAUAUGGCGGAUAUGGGGGCUACGGAGGGUAUGGAGGAUAUGGCAAUGGGUACGGAGGCUAUGGAGGUUACGGAGGGUAUGGAGGAUAUGGCAAUGGAUAUGGCGGUAGCUACUACAGACCAUAUUAUCCAGGUGGAGGAUACUAUGGUGGUUACAGGCCUUAUUAUGGAUCUUAUGGGUAUAGACCUUAUGGCGGCUAUGGUGGUUAUGGCGGCUAUGGAGGUUAUGGGGGCUAUGGUGGUUAUGGUCGAUCUGCUGGUGCUAAUAACCCAUUUGCUGUUACUUUCACUAUUCCUCCCACUACAAGACGACCAUCAUAA